GCUCCCCUCGGAUUGGAUUCGGAGGGACGCAGAUUAUCUCUAGAUGUAACUUCUAGUUUGACUUUUUUUUUUUAGUUUUGUUUCGGGUAUUUUCUUCUUUUCGGAUUUUCUAAAGUUUCUUUUACCGCAAAUGACGCCUUUCGGAUUAAUCCGGCGAUGAGCGUCACUGGUGGUUUUCAGAAGCAGGGGGUCCCAGCAGAGAGGGGGGUCUGAGGUCGGCGCCGCCCGGCAUGGCUUCGUACGGGUCCUCGCUCAACCUCAGCCAAUCGGCGGCGAGCGGCCCGGAGAAGUCCUCGCCCGCCUGGAGGCCGCCGCACUCGCGCAGCAGCAGCACUCUGUCGUCCUCCAGACACGUUGUCAAAGACUGGGAGGUGAUCGACGAUCUUCGGGUGGAAACCCAGGCGGGAGGUGACAACCCCGACGAAGUGACCACCCCGGGAAUCUGUGAAGGGUAUCUGAUGAAGAGGAGGAAGUGGCCCCUGAAAGGUUGGCACAAGCGAUACUUCGUCUUGGAAGUAGGGAACCUGCGUUACUCCAAAAACCAACAAGAUGUCUGCAGGGGGAGAGUCCAGGGCUCUUUGGACGUGGGCCUCGCCGUCAUGUCAAUAAACAAGAAGUCCAAUCGCAUCGAGUUGGACGCGGGGGACAUUCUGUAUCACAUGAAGGCAAAGAGCCACGAGCUCUUCUACAUCUGGGUGACCAAGCUUCAAGCCCACCGGCUGUACAAGAAGAACGCCUCGUCGCACGGCGCCGCGUCCGGGCCGGCUCAGAGGAACGGCGACCUGAUGUCUGGGGGCCUGACGGCGGAUCCGGCCGCGGCGCCGGCCGGGGUCCCGCCCUCCGCCAACACCGCCGCCAACAGCAAAGUGUCGGCGUGGCUGCAGCAAAGCCACGACCCGGACCUCUGCGUUCAAGAGCUUCACCGCUGCGAUGUGGACCUUUCUGAGAUAAACCGCCUAAUCCAGAGGCUGCAGGCGCUGGACACGGGGCAGACGUGGACCAACGGAGACCUCAAGCGCAUCAUCAGCAUUCAGAAUCUCUCGCUCGAGAAGCCGAAGAAGCCGAGGUCAGGGAAGAUAUGGGGCCACUCUCGCACAUUAUCCAGAGUGGAGGCCCUGGGAAUGCCUCUUCGUGGGAUAACUAAAUCGCUGUCCUCCAGUCACCUGGGCACCAGUGCUAACCUCGGUGCAUCCGCCUCCUCCAUCCCCGACUACGUCUUCUCCCAGCUGCCCCCCCCCACUGUCAUGUCGCCCGAGGGCAAGAAAAUCCAGCAGGACAUCUGCGCCGUGUCGCUGCGAGUGAUCGCCUCCCUGAAGGCGGUGCAUGAAACUCUGUCUCAGGAGAGGCAGAAGCUGCAGGAAGCCUGGGAGACCAACAACAUCCACCAGGCCAACGCGUCGGCCGAGCCCGCAGCAGAGAGCCACGGGCCUCCCUCGGUGGCAGACUCAGCCGCGGAGUACUUCGACGCCAGCUACGACGUCAUCUGCGGAAGUUCCUCCGACGUGUCCAAUGAAUCGGGGCUCAGCGAAGGAAGCACCACCGAUUCGGAGCCGGAGGAAGGACACGCGUCGGCCACCAGGAAGUACCGUGCCAGCAUCUCCAGGACUCCCAACAGCGCCGCUCCCAAGAGCACCGGCCGGCGGACCACGCUGCCCGCCCAGUGUCCCGACAACAGCCACGUGGGCCUCAUGGCCAUCCUCUACAACAACAUAGGCAAGGACCUGGCUCGAGUGUCCAUGCCGGCUCCUCUCAAUGAGCCCCUGAACCUGCUGCAGAGGCUUUGUGAGGAGCUGGAGUACAGUGAGCUGCUGGACACGGCCAACAACACAGCGGACCCUUACCAGAGGAUGGUCUACAUCGCGGCCUUCGCCAUCUCCGGUUACGCCACCGCAACGUUCAGGAACCGCUACAAGCCGUUCAACCCGGUGCUGGGCGAGACCUACGAGUGCGUCAGAGAGGACCGGGGCUUCCGCCUCAUCAGUGAGCAGGUCUGCCAUCAUCCCCCCAUCUCUGCCUGCCAUGCAGACUCUGAGAACUUCUCAUUUUGGCAAGACCAGCGAUGGAAGAAUAAAUUUUGGGGGAAGUCGCUGGAGAUUCUGCCAACCGGAAUGGUGAACGCAACCCUCCCAAGGUACGGAGACCACUACGAGUGGAACAAAGUGGUGACCUGCAUCCACAACGUCCUCAGCCAGCAGCGCUACCUGGAGCACUACGGCGAGGUCACCAUCCGCAACCUCAGAAGCAACGUCUGCACCUGCAAGAUAACCUUCGUCAAGUCUCGUUACUGGGGGUCGGACACGAACAGGAACGAGGUGCAGGGCGCCGUGCUGGACCAGGGCGGCAGCGUCGUUCACCGGUUCGGGGGUCUGUGGCACGAGGGCAUCUUCUGCGACACGCUGCCCAACCCCAAGUGCGUGUGGAAGCCAAAUCCGCAGCCGAAGGACCACCUGCUGUACUACGGCUUCUCCAGCCUGGCCAUGGAGCUGAACGAGCUGGACCCCGACCUGAAGCCUCUGCUGCCCCCCACGGACAGCCGGCUGCGCCCGGACCAGAGGCUGCUGGAGGAAGGAAAGGUGGAGGAAGCGGACAGGACGAAGGACGACAUCGAGGAGUUUCAGAGGGAGCGGAGAAAAGAGCUCAACAAAAGAGGCCAAGAACACGUUCCACGUUUCUUCAGGAAAGCCAAAGAUUCCUGCGGACGGGACGUGUGGCUGUCAAACGAGUCGUACUGGAAGCUCAGAGAGAAUCCGGGCUUCGCGAACACCGAGAACAUAACGGUGUGGUGAUGCGACGUCCAGGAGGACGACGGCAAGAGCUGCCUUUUUUGAGAGC